AUGGAAGAAGGAGCCUCGAGCAGAGGAGACGCUCCGGGAGACGCGAGCUACGUCGCUCGAUUUCGCCGGAGCUGCCGCAACCGUCGCUCGCACGACGAAGUCGCGGAGCUGGCGGCCGAGCUGCAGCGCGCCUACGCGGCGAAGGAACUGCGGGCUCAGCUGGAGGAGAAGCAGUGCCGCAGACAGGCCGAGCUGAUGCAAGAGCGCGAGUGCGCGGAAUUAGCGCGUCGGCAGCGAGAGGCGUCGGAGGAGGAGGAUCUCCGGCGCCGCGCGGAUAUCCUGCGUAGGAGCGAGGAAUACAAACGGCAGCUGGACGAGCAAUUGACGCGGAAAGAGGAAGAGCGGAGGGUCCUCGCGGAGGAGGCUCGCGAGUACAGGAGGACGCUGGAGGAGUUGGAUCACGCGCAGGAGGAGCGCGAGCGCUCGAGGGCGCUGGAGAAGAAAUGCGAGCUCGUGGAGAAGACGAGGCGGGAGCGACUGAUCCUCGAGGAGACGAAGGAGGCGCGUCGACAGGAGGAGCGCCUGGCGGAAGAGAGGCAACGCCGGCAGGAGCUCGAGUACUUGAAGGAGAUGGACGAGAGAUCGGAGGAGGUGAAGAGGCUGCAACGGGAGCAGAUUGAGAGGCGCGAGGGUGUCCUGCUGGAAGCCACGAGGAUGAUCUUGGACGCGGAGGCGCGCAAGCGGGAGAGGGAGGAGCGUCUCUUCGACCUCGUGCUGGAGGAGAUUAGAUGCGAGCUCGUGAUCAGGGAGCGGGAGCAAGCGGCGCGCAGGAGGAGAAUGCGGCGGGAGCUGGCGGCCGGUUUGGAAGAGCAGAUAGUCCUCACGGAGCAAUGCAAGCGGCGUUUCGCGGAGGAGGAUAGGGCCUGGGCUGAGGACGUCAUGAGGAAGAUUAUGGAGGACGAGAGGCUGGCGAGGUGCACGGCGGAGGCGAGGAGGAGGAUGAGAGUGCAGUACCGGCAGGACCUGGAGAAUUUGAUUGCCCAGCGCCGCAGGAUUCGCGAGCAAGAGAUUGCUAAGAUGGAGGAGAGCAUCAGGGAGGAACAGAGGCUGGCGUUACUCGAGGCGGAGUGCGCGAAGGAGCAGAGGAGGCGGUUAUUGACGGUGCACGCGGCCGAUAUCGCGCCGUUUGUGAACCGCGCCGCUCUCACGGCAGAGGAGCGACGAAUCCUCGACGAGUCGAGCAAGGAAAAUCCGGACUCCGGGAACGUCGUUGACGCCGCCGGCGAGGGAAACUUAAGAACUGAUGACGAGGGUAUGAGGAGGACAUAG